AUGGGACUCACCGACGACAAUACGAUCCUACGAAGUGUAAUCGGGAUUGCUGUUCAGCUUCUCGGUUGUUCACCAUGCCGAUGGAGGUCUAUGGGCAAUGUAGACGGCGGACAGGGAGGUGGUCUGCUUAUGGUUGUGGACAAGAAGUGGGAAGCAGUCCGGAUUGCAAUGCUGUGUGACGCAUCGAAAAAGACGCGGUCUUCGUUGCGGAGGAGCGAAACGCCAUGGGCGGAUUUGGAAUCGGAUGCAGCUGAGGCGUUCCCAGCGCUCAUGGUAACGAAGGCCCGCGCGACCAAGGUCUCUCCAAAGACAUCGGGUGCAGACGGCUUAUUGGGCUCUGGAUGGGUUGGUGGUACGGCGUCUACCGUUGUAGUAAUGAUCAUGCUGUUGCUUGCGAAUGCUUAUGGCUUUGCCUAG